GCAGCUACACAGUGUCCCGGCUCUGCUACUGCAUUGCAACAUGGAGGCCCUCCGUUCCGUGGGCCGCACACCCUUGUUCUGGGCGAGGGUUUGCAAAGGCAGCCUCGCCGGUGGCUCUCAGACCUUCUCCGCCCCGUUCCGGGCAGCCAGGCGUCCGUCUUCAGGGAUCCGCUGCAAUGCCGCGCUUCCUGCCUCCCUGCCCAGAGCUCAGUGUGGCUCCUUCUUGAAAAGUUUCAGAGUCAAGAGCGUUCUCCCUCGCUGCCUGAGUUCAAACUCCAGCUCCAAUUUCCCACCCAGCGCUGAGCUUGUGGCCAGACCUGUGGGGGUUUGUUCUAUGUUCAGGCUCCCAAUCCAGGACUCGGCAGAAGGGUUGGAUGCGGCAUUCGUCGGGGUCCCCCUUGACACGGGGACCUCCAACCGUCCCGGGGCCAGGUUUGGCCCUCGCCAUAUCCGGGCUGAAUCGGGGAUGGUGAGGCGGUACAACCCAAGCACUGGGGCGGACCCAUACGUGUCCCUCGUGGUCGCUGACAUUGGCGAUGUGAACGUCAACCUGUAUAACCUGGCGGACAGCUGCAGGCGAAUCCGGGAGGCCUUUCAAAAGAUUGUGGCGGGGGGCUGCGUACCCCUCACGCUGGGUGGAGACCACACGAUAACAUACCCCAUCCUGCAGGCCGUCGCUGAGAAGUACGGCCCCGUGGGGCUGGUGCAUGUGGACGCUCACACAGACACGGGUGACCAGGCGUUAGGGGAAAAGAUCUAUCACGGGACUCCCUUCCGGCGCUGUGUGGACGAGGGGCUCCUGGACUGCAAGCGGGUGGUCCAGAUCGGAAUCCGUGGCUCCUCCUACUCGCAAGAUCCUUACAAGUAUAGCCGGGAACAGGGCUUCCGGGUAGUGCUCGCCGAAGACUGCUGGAUGAAGUCGCUAGUCCCUUUGAUGGCAGAGGUGAGGAAGCAGAUGGGAGACCAGCCUGUGUACAUCAGCUUUGAUAUCGAUGGAAUAGACCCCGCCUACGCCCCUGGCACGGGGACACCAGAGAUUGCUGGCCUCACACCUGUCCAGGCCCUGGAGAUCAUUCGCGGCUGUCAAGGACUGAACAUUGUCGGGGGCGACCUUGUCGAAGUAGCUCCAAUGUACGAUGCUUCUGGUAAUACAGCCCUCCUGGGAGCAAAUCUGCUCUUUGAAAUCCUGUGCGCCCUCCCGCGAGUGAAGGCCGUGUAAACCCGUCCAGGGAAGUUUCCAUUUUGUGCAGAAGAUGCCCUCAAAGCGAAAGGGCUGCCUAUUCUACCUGUGCUGGAUUUCUGCAGCUCAACUUCCACCGUCUGUGCCCUUUUCAGACGUCUGGGAUGCUUUAGGGUGGAUUCCUGCCUUGAGCAGGGGGUUGGACUCGAUGGCCUUGUAGGCCCCUUCCAACUCUGCGAUUCUAUGAUUCUAUGAUCCAGGAUGGACCGAAAUGUUUGAGGUUGACAUCACAGUAAAACCGCUCAUCAUGAGAAUUUUCUGAUUUUAGAAAGUGAAGUUGCUAGCCCUCAUUGUCAUAGACAACACCUCGAUAGCACACAAGCAGCUGCUGCUGCGAUCUUACAAAACAGAGCCGGGAGCAGGUGGACGUCUCUUGGUGGCCAUUCCGGGGACGGGGGGUGCAGGAGAAAGGAACUGAGUGCAGCACCAAAUGCAAUCCUCCAGUCACCAACUCGGUAAUCUUCUGCACAGAAAGCACGUGCAGAAAUGAUAAAUAAACUAGGUUAGUUAAAUUGCAUAAUUUAUUGAGAGCACAGGGUAAGAACGUCUCCCUUUGUGCAUUUCCCCCCACUCUAAAAGAUUGAAAUGCCUCUCCUUAGUUACUGGCAGGAAGAGUUUGAAGCUAAUAUAUGCUGGCAUUUGGGGGGACCCCACCCCCCUUUACUCUCGCCCGCCGCUGGGAUGCAGCUCCUGAGAACUGUUCCGAAAUUGGAUUUGGAAUUUGGGCUAAAAGAGAUCCCCCACGGACAUUGGUCAAUCUAGUCCUGUGUCCUCUUUCAUGCGGUGGCUAGUCAGACGCCUUCAGGAAGCCCACAACCAGGAUUUGACUGGCAAUGCCCCUUCCCUGUGGAGUGGCCCAAAUCACUGAUAUUCAGCCACAAAAAACAACAACCACGGACCAUCAACACAUCUCGUCACAGUUGGGUUCCAUCAAUUGAUCCUACACCGUGUGGACAGGCUGAGUUAAGGGAAACAGGAUGAAAACCCUAUGGCUCCAAAAAGAGAGCUCAGUGGUGCUUAUCGCUGCUUAUCACCAACAUAUUACACCUAUGCUGCCAGGCCAGGUUUAACGUUUGGGCCCUUGUUUACAAAGCCCUAAACAACCCAGAGAACGGCUGAUCUCCUACGAUCAGGACGGUACCGAAGAUCUGGUGCAUCAUGGCAUGAAACAAGGCCUUUAAUAUUGUAGCGCCCACUCUCUGCUACUACAAACAGGGCAGGCGCUAACCCUUCCACGCUUUCGGCGCCUACUGAAAAAAUAGAAUCAUAGUAGCGUUGGAAGGGGCCUAUAAGGCCAUCAAGUCCAACCCCCUGCUCAAUGCAGGAAUCCACCUUAAAGCAUCCCUGACGGAUGGUUGCCCAGCUGCCUCUUGAAGGCCUCUAGUGUGGGAGGGACCACAACCUCCCUAGCUAACUGGUUCCAUUGUCGUACUGCUCUAACAAUCAGGAAGUUUUUCCUGCUGUUUGGCCGGAAUCUGGCUUCCUGUCACUUGAGCUCAUUAUUCCGUGUCCUGCACUCGGGGAUGACUGAGAAGAGAUCCUGGCCCUCCUCUGUGUGACAACCUUUCAAGUAUUUGAAGAGUGCUAUCAUGUCUCCCCUCAAUCUUCUCUUCUCAAGGCUAAACAAGCCCAGUUGUUUCAGACUCUCUUCAUAGGGCUUUGUUUCCAGACCCCUGAUCAUAUUUUACCCAAAAUGCAUUGCCAGGAAGGUAAAUCUUGCCCUUUUUAUGAAUGCUUGCGCUACUUUUGAACAUUGCUUACAAAUUUCUUGAACUUAAGUGAUGCAUAAAUAUUGUUUUUUUUAAAAAAACGCCAUGAAAAAGCUGGAAACUUACAAGCGUGGAAAUCAGAACUGAACUGCUGC